AUGCAUAUGCUCGCUCUGAUCACCGCUCUUGCGGGUCUGGCAUCUGCCUUGCCCCAGAAGGUCUGCUCCACCGUGACGACUUGGGCCAUUGUCCCCACCACCACAGCGACAUACUCGACGACUGAUGUCGUUACCGUUAGCGCCACCACGCCCAUGGAUCUUGGAACUUUUACUCAAGUCGAGACCAUCUCGGAGACAAACACCCUUCUCACCUUCACGACUACUACUACUGUCUGCGGAGCUACCGGCAUUGUAUCAGUGCCAACCGCAACUGUAACAGUGUACUCUGGUACUGAUGGGUACCGCAAACGGGCUGAGGGUCCCCGCCGACGUUCAGAACCGUGUACUGUUACCUCAACUGCGACCACAACAUAUGGACAGACGCAGGUCUAUGCUAAGAACGGCAAGACCAGCACCUACACCGCCCACACCGCCUUCACACAGGCAACGAUAACCACCACCACGUACAGAGGAACCGAGCAUGUCAUCGCAACUGAGACCGCUACGGCCGAAGCUGUAUGCGGCGACGUCACAGAGACGGUACCCGCCUGGACCUCGACAGUCUCAAUGGACAGUCGCUGCUCGCCUGCAGCAAUGAUUGUGGAAGGCCGUGGAUUUGGAAUCGACUAUGUCACUGAUGUACCAAACACCGGAGCCACUUAUGAAACUACCACCGACAAUGCUUCAAUCUGUUGCCAGCUGUGCGCAGAGACAGACAAGUGUGCCUCAAGUGGAUGGGAUAUUCGGUCUGGAAACUGCAAGCUCGAGUUCCCAACGAAGUGGGACACAGGCGAGCUAAGCUGCGGUCUGGGCAUGAUGGGGAUGUAUGCUGCCGGUCCAAAUCAUCCAAUGUCACCAGGCGCCGGAUGGUAUCUUGCUGAGCUUUGUGGCAGAGUGGACCUCUUCAACGCAAAGCCUGACGAUGGCACGUAG